AUGUUCGACGAUGAGUGGAACAACCCUCACAGCCACUGUCUCCUAUCCUCGGACGACGUACAGUUCUUUGUUCCCCUCGAAGAGCUCAUGCUGUGGAGCCCGAUAUUCAACCCACAGGGCUGGGUCACCCACGUUCCCUACCCCUCACACGCCCUGCGCGCCGCCCUAGACCUAUUAAAGCACUACAAGUUUCCCGAGUUCCCGAGAAACACCUUUGAUUCCCUCCGCUCUGCCGCCCUCCUCGCGCGAAUGGUUCGCGAAAUGGGCCUCGUACCAGCCAUCCGCCGCCUCACCAAGGGCGUAGAAGACCGCCUUCGAGACGGGUCAAUCCAUGUCCUCCUAUCCGUUAUUAUCGCCACCCAUCUCCGCGACGAGGAACUUGUCGUCAUGUGUAUCCAGUGCCGAUUUGAGGAUCAUACCGGCGAAAGGGGGUGGGGCGGGCCAUACUGGGCUCCUCCGUUGGCCAAGGACGAGGUCUGCGCCCUCUUUCCCCAGUGGGCAGAAUGUGCUCUCACAGACGCGCUACAAUGGAAGUACGAGACCAACGUCCCCAGUAAGACCCAUGUUGAGGCCGACUUGGACAGCGUCCCCAAUAAGACCCAUGUUGAGGCCGACUUGGAGAAGGCGGAGCGUGCUUUCCGCGAUUGUUCUGCUCGGUGGAAGGAACAUGGUUUUUCCGAGGAGGGUCCUGUUGGUUCUAUUGGCGUUCCCUGGCCGUUCUCUAAGCACCGCCCUAGCCCAUAA